AUGGCUACAGAUGGACAAAUAAAUACGGAUAUUCUUUCUGAUGAAUUUUUUGAUGAACUAUGUACAAUCUGCAAAAGUAAAAGCAAAAACACCGAAGGUGUAAAAUUCUGUUUGGAUUGCCAAGAUUAUUUCUGUAUAAUAUGUGUCCAAGUUCACAGUCAAGUGCCAGUGUGUGCUGGUCACAAGAUGUUGGAUAAAUCUUUAGUUACAUCAGGAAUCAUUAAAGGUCUCCCAAAGGCACCGGAAGAGCCUGUAUGUGCUGGUAACAAGGUGUUGGAUAAAUCUCAGGUUGAGUCAGGAAUAAGCAAAAGUCUGCCAAAGGCACCAACAGAGAUGUGUGACAGACACAGUCAUAAACUCAUUGAUAUGUACUGCCAGAAUCACGAUAGUGUUGGCUGUUCUACAUGUAUGGCUGAUAAUCAUAGGUCAUGCCAGGAAAUUUGCUACAUUCCAGAAUAUAUUCAAAAUAACACUUACCAAGCAGCCACAACAGAUAUUCAAACAAAAUUAAAGGAAAUAUCCAAAAGCCUGGCAGAACAAGUUACCAGAUUCAAACAAGAUAAACAAAGACUUCUGAAAAGAAAGGAAGAGUUACUGGCAGAUAUCAGAAAAUUUCGACAAGAAAUUAACAACCAACUUGACAAGUUGGAGAACAAUUCUAUAGGUAACAUAGAAGAUAUGGUUAAACACCUUGAAGACAAGAUUGAAAACAAUCUCAAAAACCUACAAGCUCAUAUGGCCAGGGUUACUUCAGCUAAUGAUAAAUUAGCAUCCCAGAACACAAGUCAAGCUGAAGUAUUUAUUUUUGUGAAGAUUGGGGAAGAUACUGCAAAUGCUGCCAACAAAUGUAUAGAAGAUAACAAAACCAAGCGUACUAGAGAUGUCAUAAAGUUACAACCUGAAAAACGAAUUCUUACAUUGCUACAACAAUAUAAAGCCCUUGGAAAACUUGGUAAAAAAGGAAACCCUGCAAAGACUCCUAGUACUUUAUUUAAGAUAAAAGGGAAACAAUCAUAUUGUGUUACAGCAACGUCUUAUGAAGAAGACAAUUAUUCCAGAAGUGCAUGCUGUUUGAAGGAUGGUACAGUAAUAUUAGCUGAUAGAAAAAACAAGAAGCUAAAACGGUUCCACAGUAACAACAACACUAUCAUAGACUACUGUGAUCUACCAGCAGCACCAUGGCAAGUGUGUUCAAUCAACACAACACAAGUAGCAGUAACUUUACCAUUACAGAAAGAAGUUCAUUUCAUUUCUGUUGAAGGCCAAAUGAGCACAACAAACAAGAUCAAUACUGAUUUUUCUUGUAGUGGUCUUGCAUACACCAACAAUAAUUUAUAUGUAUCAGAUGAUACCAAAAAAGUAUAUGUCUAUACAUUGUCUGGACGAAAGAUUAAGCAGCUAAGAAUUAAGCAUUCAUUUAUCUCUCAUCUCAAGAAUCAACUUACUCGUACUGAUCAGCUACGAUGCAUAAACAGUCUAGCUGUCAGUAAAGAUGCUAAAAGGAUUUAUGUUACUGAUAGGGAUCGUGGGCUGAUAGUACUGGACAAAAAAGGUAAGGUUAUUACAAGAUUCAAUGGCGGAGAAAUACAAUGGGCCAGUUGCUGUUAUGUCACUGAAGCAGGAAGUGUGCUUGUAUCUGGAUCUUACUCCAAUAAUGUUAUACAGUUUACAUCUGAUGGUGAGCUGCUGGGAGAGGUUAUAAAAUCUGACAGAGGAAAAUGGAAUAUUUCUUCUGUAUGUUGUAACCAACAAAUGUCUAAAAUGUAUGUAUGCAGAUCUGGAAAAAGCAACAUUGAAGUGUAUGAUAUCUGA